GUGGAAGGACACAGCUCCUCAUUUGAAAUUUCAAAGGGUACGGGGGUGUUCAUUGGCAAAGGUGGAGUUUUGGGUCCUUGUUUCAAAGGGGUGCUCAUUUUGAUUGAUGGGCAGACUGGGCACCCUCAGCCUCAAACCCAACAUGGUAUUGGUAUUGGGUAUCUUCUAAAUCUUUCGUUUUUCUUGAGAGGAGUGUCAGAAAUUUGCAGAAAGGAGAUGGAAAAAGCAUUGGGCAUUGUAAAUACAGAUACCCAAUUUUGUACUACUUAUUAGAUAUGUGAUAUCUUUGGAAUGUCAGGCAAGGCAAUAUAGGCUUAUAAUAGGCUUGUCAGUCUGGUUUCAGAGAGAGAGAGAGAGAGCGAGAGAGGGAGAGAGAGAAAGAGAGACUUUUGUAUCAUCUGAGUCUUUAUUGCCAUAGCCUAAAAGGUUUUCUGCUUUUAGCCUCUGUGUGCUUCAAAGGCCUGAGCUUUUAUUCUCGAGAUUUCGAUGGGUUCUUGCUGUUACAUCCUCGGUACUCUGAUGGAAUUUAUGGCUGUGACAGCUAUGCUCAACCUUUUGCUUAUCUUGGGCUUUGAAUCUCUCCCUUGUUACUGGGAGUCAUUUCAUCGGCUCAGAGUUAUCGUCAAGGCGGUCUUCAUUGUUAUUUCAGUUUCUCUCUGCUGCAAUCUGCAUGUGAAGAACAAGUAGGGAGUGGUCUGGUUAAUGUUUGAACAGGAAAGGGCAGGGGAGACUUGGAUGUGGUGUGACGGUUUUGGCAAUGGCAUCCACAUCUUGUGCCAGCAAGAGCCCACUGCUCAUGAAAGACACAUCCUCUCUCUAUCUUCCAUACCCAGCACCUCUUGCUAAACACGAGGAAGUUGUAGCCAAUCCUAAGCUGUUCAUGGCUACUUUGGAAAAGCUCCAUGCUUCAAUGGGAACCAAGUUCAUGAUCCCUAUUAUAGGAGGAAAAGAGCUAGAUUUGCAUCGACUCUUUGUGGAGGUAACUUCCCGUGGGGGCAUUGAGAAGAUUAUUAGAGAUAGAAGAUGGAAGGAAGUUACCGCUGUUUUCAACUUUCCAUCCACAGCUACAAAUGCUUCUUUUGUGCUGCGGAAAUAUUAUAAUUCAUUGCUUCUCCACUAUGAACAAAUUUACUAUUUUAAAGCUCAAGCAUGGAAUCCUCUCUCUUCUGAUAAUUCUCACAGCCCUUCAAUGACAGCCGUUCCAGCUGCAAGGGGAGGAACUAAACGAAAAGCAGCUGAUGCUCAUGCUACUAUGCAUCAGCCAACACAGAUAAACUCAGAAUUACCUGGAGCCAGGACAACAGCAUCAUCAGAAGAUACUGUGACAGGGGUUAUUGAUGGGAAAUUUGAAAAUGGAUAUCUUGUUACCGUCAUCAAAGGCUCAAUGAAGCUAAGGGGUGUACUUUAUCAGGCUCCAAUGAACCCAGUACGUGGAGUUCCACAAGUCCCACAAAAUUAUAGCAUGUUGGUUAACAGAAAUGAGAGUGCCUCAGCUAUUAUUCCUGGUGUCCACCGUCGUCGCCGAAGGAAGAAAUCUGAGAUUAAAAGGAGGGAUCCUGCUCAUCCAAAACCCAACAGAAGCGGAUAUAACUUUUUCUUUGCAGAACAGCAUGCAAGGCUGAAGCCACUUCAUCCUGGGAAGGAUAGAGAGAUAAGUAGAAUGAUUGGUGAACUCUGGAAUAAAUUGAAGGAGUCUGAGAAAUCAGUGUAUCAGGAGAAAGCCGUUAAAGACAAGGAGCGAUAUCGAAUAGAAAUGGAGGAUUACCGGGAGAGGUUGAAAGCUGGUCAAGUCAUUAGUGAUGCAGUGCCACUACAACAGCGGUUUCCUGAAGCCAAUACAAGCAUGGUUGAAUCAGAUGCAAAGAUCGAAGAAACCGAGCCGAGAGACUCUCCACAAACACCAGAUGAGAGCAAUGAGAGUAAUUCUAGCAAAACAGAUAAGUGAUUCUGAUGAUGAUAUAGCUGCAAAAAGAAGGAUCUGGAUGUAGAGGCAUCUGUAGGAGCUGGAGCUGGAGUCGGUGCCUAGCAUUGUGGACAUGGAGAUGUUUUCUGAUGA